AUUAUUAAAUUUUGCAUUGCUGUCUGAUAUUUACAAAAAUGCAUUUUUUGACAAAAAGAAAGAAACUUGCGAUAAAUUUUAUAAUUAGUAUAUUUAUUAUUGUAUUGUUUAAAAAUGAGAUAAUGGAUUUAUUGAAGAGAAAUAGAAAUGAAAACGAAAAAAAGUGCACGGAUUCGGAACUAUAUUGUGAGUUUACAAACUCAACACCCAACUAUUCGAAACUUUUAUAUCAAAUAUUUCAAAAUGUAACGCCUGGUAAUCCAAAAGCGUUUACUUCAGGAAUCAAAGAGAACUUUGAAGAGUCAUUUUACAAAAAUAUAAUAUUUCUGAAGACCCAUAAGACUGGUUCAUCAACAGUGACCAAUAUAAUGCAAAGAUAUGCGAAGCUACAUCAUCUAAAAGCUGCUUUGCCACUUUGCUAUCACAGGUUUUGUUACCCCAAUAAAUUUAAAGAAGCAUACUUAUAUGAACACAAAAAAGGAGACAAUUACAACGUAAUAUUCAACCAUGCUGUGUUUCACAAAGAAAACAUGAAAAAGGUUAUGACUCCCCAAAGUACCAAAAUAAUCACGAUUAUCAGGGAACCAUACUCACAGUUUGAUUCAAUUGCGCAAUAUUUGAACUUUAAGAAACAUUAUAAUUUAAGCGGAAACCUGCCACUUUUGGAUGAGUUUUUUGAGCUACCAGAGCUAUACUUAAAAAAACUUCUUCAAUCCGUAGAUUUACGGGAUGGAGAGGGGUCUUUUGCUUUAGUAAAAAACCCUAAUGCUUUUGAUUUUGGUUUUGACGUGUGGAACGAAACAGAUGAAUAUAUUAAAAGCGUGUUAACUUCAAUAACAAGAGACUUUGAUCUUGUUAUGAUCAUGGAAUACAUGGAAGAAUCUUUAGUUCUCUUGAAAAACGAACUAAACUGGAAAUUAGAGGAUGUUGUUUUUAAAGUUCAUAAUGCAAGAACGUAUAAAGAAAACAAUACAGUUAACGUUAAAAGUUUAAGAAAAAAAAUUUCAAACUGGAGCAAACUAGACACGGCUAUUUACAAUCAAUUUAACAAAACAUUUUGGGCGAAGGUGAAUAACAGUACUUCUAAUUUUUAUGAAGAAGUAGAUAAGUUAAAGAGAUUAAACUACGAUUUAGUUAACCAUUGUCUUAGGAUUAAAGUAACCGCAGUAUCGUCAUCUUUAACAAGAAAAUACUACGACAAAACUAAAACUAAUUUAUGUACAGACGUUUUGAAAGAAGAAAUACCUUUUACAAUGUGGUUUAAAAAAAUGCGACAUUUGAAACAAGAUAAAUAAAUCAUAAAAAGUUGUAGAUUUUAAUAAGAGUAAAAAUUUUAUAAAUAAUGUUGUCAAAAAUAUGGAAAACAUAAACAUAUACAAUCGUAAUGUAAUAAUAUAAACAAAUGCUAAAGUAUAACUUUAAAAAGUUUUUAGAAUAACUUUACAAAAUUAUGUAGUGCAUAUUAUGAUGGCGUGUGUAACAUAUUAUGAUGGUGUGUAUUAUUUAUUAUAAUGGUGUUUCUAAUAUAUCUUUAAGAUGUGCAUAAUAAGUUAUGAUGGUGUGAAGAGCAUAUUUUGUUGGUGUGUAUAACUUAUUAUGAUAGUGUGUAUAA